AGUAAUAGUUCUCAGAAAUCAAAUGAUGUGGUUUUUGUGUCUUACGCUUCUGCUGAAAACUUUAAACACAGAAGAGUUAUUCUCAUUCCAAUAACUACAGUGUGUUUGGUGUUGGUGAGCUCUGCUGAGAGAGACGGUGUGUGUAUGUGUGUGAGUGUGGUUUUGUAGGUGUAUUGUGAAGUCAGCGCUGUUUCACCAGUGAAAAUGUUGUUGGGGUUUUAUCUUCUCCUCAACGUGCUUUAUGUCACUAAAGGCUGCACUCUAAUAAACAACACAAAAACAUCAAACAUUACUGCACAUGUAGGAGACGCAGUACUGCUGCCCUGCUCUUGCUCUGACCUUCAGAUCAAACCUCAGAAGCUAAGCUGGAAAUAUUACAACCUCAAAACAGACUGGAAUUCUGUACCAACUAACCAAAGCAGAAUUCAGCUUAGUAAUGUUCAGUCUCCAGGAAAUCUCUCUCUACUCAUAUCACACCUGACUGUAGAGGAUGAUGGAUUCUACAGGUGUGAAAUUAGUCAGUAUGUAUACACAGACAUCAACCUCAUUGUUAAAGAAGGGAACAAAAUGAGCAAGGCUUUCUUUGCCUUCAUUCCUGUUCUGCUGCUGUUGCUGGGACUCGGAGGCGUCAUCUUCUGGAGAUACAGAGCAAAGAAACGAGAGCAGACACCGAGCAAUAAAGGACCAACAGGACAGAAGAAUGUGGAGGAAACACAGGGGAAAGAGCAGGAAACACAGGAGGGCGUCACGUACACCACUGUGGUCCACAAUAACACAACUCAAAGACCCAAAAUGGUCAGCACUGAGGAAAGGACAGAAUAUGCCAUCAUCAAAUUAAAUUAAUAGUCACAUACAAAAAAAAUAGAAAAAGUUAUAUUUGACUUCUUAAACUUGUACACAACAUACUGUAUGCUCCAGCUUUUCUUUUUCUCAGCUUGCAUCUGUACAUGUGUACAUGCUAGCAUACUAUAUUCUUGUUAUACUAUAUACUAUACCAUAUAGAAAUAAUAAAAACAAACGUAAUAUAAUAAAGAGGUGUAGAGAAUUACACUGAACACCAGCAUUACCCACGUGGUGCAAGCCUGUUAAUGUUAAGGUGGGGGAAAACAAGGUAAACAAAAUACUGUCUCAUAACUCAUAUGUAAAUACAAGUUAACCACUGAUGAUCAUAUAUUUUUAGUGAUGAUCAAAAAUGUGACUAUUGACAUGUGAAUAUUCUGACAUCAGGAGAGACGUAAGAAAAUAGGCGAACAUGUGUUUAGU